CUCUGUGAUUGUACUUGAGUUGUGUGAGGAAACGGCUGAAACAUAAACAGCCGAGCCCCGUCAACCCCAUGUUUUAGCAUCGGAAGGGCUUGUUUUGGACCCGCGUGAUGCUCCGGGAGUCCUACCCCUUCGUGGAAGACAGCUUCAGCCGCUUCCCGUCGCAGAGCAACAUUUACGGGCUGUGUCAGGCCGGGGAGCAGGAGCUGCUCGCGGCCACUCUCAAAGGGAAGGUGGUCUGCUUCAGGUACCAGGAGCUGCAGCAUAAAGUCCGCCCGGUGGCCAAGGAGGUCCAGUUCACCUACAUACCAGUCGAUGCAGAAAUCGUAUCAAUUGAUGCAUUCAACAAGUCUUCACCCAAAAGAGGCCUGGUGGUGGGGAUCACCUUCAUAAAGGACUCCGGAGACAAAGCCACGCCCUUCCUGAACAUCUACUGCGACUAUGAGCCCGGCUCCGAGUUCAACCUGGAGUCCAUUGCGCAAAGCUGUCUGAAUCUGGAGCUGCAGUUCACCCCAUUCCAGCUCUACCACACAGAAGUGCAGUGUCCUGAUGAAGGCCCAGAGACAGUUUUUCUACUCAGCGGUCAUGACCAGAGGAUCCACCUGUACAAGGAGAAUGCCUCCCUGCACCAGUUUGAAGAGCAACCAGUAGAGAAACUGUUCCCUGAACUACAGCAGCUGCCCAGCAAUGUGUUGUGGUUGGAUAUGGUGAGUGUAGCUGAUGGAAAGCGGCUCUCGGCGUACGGCUGUCAGAACGGCUGCAUUGGACUGGCUUUGGUCAACCAGAAUGGACCAGAGGUCCUGCAGAAAUGGCAGGUUCAGUUUGACAGCCCGAUUUCCACCGUGCUUCUGUUUCCACUCAGCUGCCAAACCAAGUCCAGAGAGGCCAGCGGCGAGAGAAGUGAAGAAGUUGGUGGCCACAAUCUUCUGAUAACCAGCACCAUAGAGAUGGCAGUGGUCUACAGAGACGUCCAGGAGUGUGGUUUGUCGCGCUCCACAUGUCUCGCAGGGAGUGACCAGUGGGAUGCCGUCCUCUGUGCUUUGGUCAUUGACCUGGACUUUGACGGGCAGAAGGAGGUGCUGUUGGGAACAUACGGACAGGAACUACUUUGUUACAAAUUCCGGCCAGCAGGCAGGGGACAAGACGGAGAGUUCCAGCUGCAGUGGAGGCGGAGCUUCAAGAGUCCCUUGCUGUCCGUCAUCUACCUCGACUUGACCGGGGACGGGUUGAGAGAGCUGGCUGUCCUCACUCUGAAAGGACUGCACAUCCUACAGCACAGCCUCACCUGCACUGCUGGUUUGGUUCUGGAGAGGCUCACACAGAGGGUAUCGGCGCUGGCUGCUAACCCUGAGCCAGAUGAAGCUACAGACGCUGAGGACAGCAGUGCUCCAGCUCACAGCCAGGAAGGUGGCGAUCAGACGUCUACAUGAUCCAGCAUUUAUUUGCCUGUUGGUCCCAGUGGACCGCACCGGAACGCUUCAUCCUAAUUAAAGUGCAGUUUAAAGGAUUAUCUCAGGGGUGUACUGCAUUUAGGACUGAUUAGAUCAUCGAACACCACAUUGGUAUUCAGUAGGCAAACCUUCAAUAUGGAAGUUUCUUUAGCUGCAGGUAGGCUGAUAAACAAACAAGGGUGCUCUGUUUAAGUUGAAUAAAGUGAUGUGAUCUUGAGAUCAUUAAAGUGUACAUUUAUUACAGAAAAUAAAUAACCUAUUUGGAUUGA